UCUUCUUUAAUGACAGCCAAGAAACUCAACCCUUUUUCCUUCUUUAAUGACAAACUCAUCAGUUUUUCUACUGAUCCCAUCACGAGAAUUGCCCAUUACUCAUGUGUGUGCUGGCAAACCAUUGGUUUUAACAUUGGUGCCACUCCUCUUUAGACUACUACGGUGCAGAGUACCUUCCGCGACUUGUUGAAGCUGUGCGGUGUUUACAGAAAGAAAAAAAGGUCACUCAAUGUUUGCUUUGAAGGUGCAGAUGUGUUGCCGGGAAAGGGUGGUUCAAAGUAUGGUACGAGCAUUAAGGGUUUCCUGUAAGGAUGAUAAUUCGAGGAUUCAUUGGUGAAAGAAUGGUGAAAUGGCUCAAGAGGAUUUUGGCUCAAGAGGAUUCCUGGAAUCAGAUAGCUAUUAUCACUGCAAGGUUAAUAGGGUUCUUCCUUUUCUCAUGUUGAUGCUGAACUUGCAAAUACUGAUGGUACCUAAUUCUUGUGAAGAGUUAAAGUUUUUCUCUCAACCUCUCAUUGUUGAUAAUGCUAUCAGUACGGAUACUGCACUUGAGUCGAUGAUUGACAAACCUGAAAGCUUAGUGAAAGAGGUUUCUGCUAUUGAAGAAGCCCAAACUUUGGAAUUGAUGGAGUCUCCAAUAAGACAUGAUGGAGAUAAUAUUGGAGCAUAUCAGAUCCUGGGCAUUUCUUCACUUGUACUGAGUCUCCUUGCUGCUAUAGUUCUUUAUGUGAAGAGAAGAAGUGAUAAGACUUUGCAUCCAGUAGCAGUCUCAAGUAAGAAAUUUUCCACACACCAUGUUGUCAAAGAGAAGCAUUCCUCUCAAAAUUGGCCAACAGAGGUCGAAGUCGCAGGAGAGUCUUGUCCAUCCGAGAUGAGCAGCUUUCAAAUAAGUUCAUCUUAUAGCAAGAAAUAUCCCAAAGCAGGGAAUAAUAAGGCUCAGAGCAUGGAGAAGAAACCUAGAAAGGUUAACAGGAGAGAAUCCUUGGCUACAUCUGAGUCCUCAAUGGGUUCACCUUCAUAUGGAAGUUUCACUACAUAUGAGAGGAUUACUGCCAAGCAGGCAAGUGGAGGAGAAGUCGUCAUCACUCCUGUAAGACGCUCGAGCAGAAUUAAAAGCCAUGUCAUUUCUCCAUGAAGAUUCUGAAUUCAUGUCACUGCUGCAUUGACAACUGAAGGAAAAUUGCUCUUUUGCUUCUCAACAAAUCAGUCUUAGGGCAUACCUACUAACUUUAAUUUGAAGUGUUUCAAGUGUGAUUUGUGUAGGAUUUUAAUGUUUUGAUUAGUUAGUUGAUGUUUUAAUGUUGUUAGUGAAACUUUCUGCAUGCUGCCUCAGUUUGGUGAAGUUUCUUUUAUUAGUUUAGGAUUUCGUGUGGCUUGUGUAUAGUACUUUGCUUGACCCUUGCUUCUAUGAACUUUUGCAUGAUCUAAUUAUUGGCUUUGUUUCUACUCCUCCAUUAUUUGAUGAAUUUUUCAUAGUACAACGUAGUUGAGGAAA